ACGACCAAUAUAUCCCUAGGGUUUAUUGAACCCAAAUAAACCUCACGUUCUUUCCUCAACCAACAAAAACUCCAAAAUGUCAAUCGAAUCAACGCCGCCGGUAGAAAACCUCACCCUAAACGACACCGUACCAGAAUCCAAAUUCUCACAACGAGUCCCAAUCCGAUCCAUCGUAACCCGACCCGACGGCGGAUCCGGACUAGCCGGACACGUCAUCAAAAUCGGCGGUUGGGUUAAAACGGGUAGAGAACAAGGCAAAGGUUCAUUCGCAUUCCUGGAAGUUAACGACGGUUCAUGUCCAUCAAAUUUACAAGUAAUAGUUGAUGCAUCGGUACAUAAAUUAAGUGAUUUAGUAUUAACUGGUACUUGUGUACAUGUUGAAGGUGAAUUGAAAGUUCCACCUGAAAGUGCUAAACAAAAAGUUGAAUUACGUGUUAAGAAAGUGUUAUCUGUGGGAACUGUUGAUGCUGCUAAGUAUCCCUUGCCGAAAACUAAGUUAACGCUUGAGUUUUUGAGAGAUGUUGUUCAUCUAAGAUCCAGAACUAACACGAUUUCUGCUAUUGCAAGAAUCCGUAAUGCCUUAGCUUAUGCCACCCAUACAUUCUUCCAGCAGAAUGGGUUUCUUUAUAUCCACACCCCAAUCAUCACAACAAGUGAUUGUGAGGGUGCUGGUGAGAUGUUCCAAGUUACUAGUUUGUUAAGCGAUGCUGAAAAAUUGGAGAAGGAGCUGAAAGAGAAUCCCGCUCCUUCAGAAUCUGACAUUAAAGCUGCUGAGCAACUUGUCAAAGAGAGAGGUGAGGCAGUUGCUCAGCUAAAAGCUGGUAAGGCGAGCAUGGAGAAAACUGAUCCCAGUAUUGCAGACAUCAACAAGAAAAUCAGUGCUGCAGUUGCUGAGCUACAAAGAGCUAAAGAGAAUCUCCUGAAGUUGCAAGACAGAUUUAAAUUGGGAGAAAGAUAUAGACUCUCUGCUGGUAUUCCUAAAAAGGAUGGAAAAGUUGAUUACUCUGAGGAUUUCUUUGCACGACAAGCUUUCUUGACAGUGUCUGGCCAACUCCAAGUUGAAACCUAUGCCUGUGCACUUUCUAGUGUGUAUACUUUUGGACCAACUUUUCGAGCUGAACAGUCUCACACAACUCGGCAUCUUGCGGAGUUCUGGAUGGUGGAGCCUGAAAUUGCUUUUGCUGAUAUCCAGGAUGAUAUGAAUUGUGCUGAGGCGUAUGUGAAGUUUCUGUGUCAGUGGUUACUUGACAAUUGCCUUGAUGACAUGGAAUUUAUAACUAAAUUUGUAGAUAAAGAUGCUCUGAGUAGACUUAGAAUGGUUGCCUCAUCAAACUGCCAUAGGAUAACUUAUACAGAAGCCAUUGGCAUUCUAGGGGUAGCAGUUACUAAAGGGAAGAAAUUUGAAAAUAAAGUAGAAUGGGGGAUUGACUUAGCAUCUGAACAUGAAAGAUAUUUGACCGAAGAGCAUUUUAAGGCACCUGUUAUUGUGUACAACUAUCCAAAAGGGAUAAAAGCAUUUUACAUGAAGGUGAACGAGGACAAUAAGACAGUUGCUGCCAUGGAUCUGCUUGUACCAAAGGUGGGAGAACUAAUUGGAGGAAGCCAAAGAGAAGAGGAUUAUGAGGUCCUCAGAACAAGGAUACUGGAUUUGGGUCUACCACUAGAGCCAUAUGAGUGGUAUCUGGACCUGAGGCGCUAUGGUACUGUAAAACACAGUGGUUUCGGUUUAGGCUUUGAACGAAUGAUUCUUUUCGCCACCGGGUUAGAGAACAUUCGGGAUGUCAUUCCCUUCCCCAGAUAUCCAGGGAGAGCUGAUCUUUAAAUGAUAUUGAUUGUUAUGGAUGCCUAGUUUUUUGAGAUUAUGAUACCAUUUUCUCACAUUGCUAUUGUUAUUCAAGUCAAACAAAUUCAGAUACAAGAAACCUAUAUCAUCUUAUAGGCCGGCCAUUGGUGGCUUAUUUCAUCUUAUAUCCCGAAUGCUUUGUCACUUGUGUAUGUGAUCUUUAUUGAUUUGAUUAAAUCAAGUCAAAUUUUCCACAA